AUACCGUGAUUGGGGUUCUCGAUCCGUCUCGUGACCUUGCUAUUAAUUCUAACAUUCUUCAUAUCUAAAGCCCGAUUAAUCCUCGUCUUUCUUGCAAUAUCAUAGCUAGUCUGCGGCCUUAAAUCAGAUAACAAAUUUCCCUUCUCCUACUCCCAUGGAUCUUGAGAUAUUCCAAGUUAAGAAUGCUUCUGUCUGAUCUCCAAGUGAUUCCACGUUCAUCUUCCUCCUCCACAAACAUAACCCAAAUCCUCUCUCCCACCAAAACAUUUUCCAUUUUCAUCAUCAUACUCGAUCUACGAGCUCAAACCCUCUUAUCCUCUCUCUCUCUGUCUCUCUCUCUCUCUCUCUCUCUAGCUAACAGAUCAAGAACAUGGCGUUGGGAAAGUCGCGAAAUAGCAAGCGGUCUUCCUCAUCAUCUUCAUCUUCAUACGGAUCCACAAUAACAAUGGUGGUGUUUCUAGGGCUGUGUGUUUUGGCGAUAUGGAUGCUAACCUCCAACUCUGUAACUCCCCCACAAAAUGCCAGUGACAAUAUUGCCACCAGUACUAGUACUCAAGAAGAUGAAUCCACCACCAGGUCCGAUGUUAAAAAAGAUUCUUCUGCUUUUGAAGACAAUCCAGGUGAUCUCCCUGAUGACGCCAUUAAGUCUGAUGAUCAUCGUGAGGAAUCUAAGGACGACAUGAGUAAGUCUCAGCCAGAGGAUCAGAAGUUGGAUUCAUUGCCAGGUGAUUCGAAGGACCCGAACGUAGUCAAUUAUGCUGUCGAUGGUGUAAAUGAAAAACAAGAAAGUUCACAAGAUUUACAGGAGAAAGAAUCUUCUAAAGAGCAAGAAAAGCAAAAGGAAAAUGAAAAGCAGAUAUCUGAAGAAAGCUCUUUCACUGAAAACCAAUUAGAAGCCGUCGAAAGCCAGAAAAUGGGUAAAGAAGAAACUGAUCAAGGAAAUCAAAAGGUUGACGAGAGCACUAACACUAAAACUCAGUCACAAGAAUCAGAGAACCAAAUGCCUAAUGAAGAUCAACAGCAACAACAAUCUUUUGAAAGCCAGGAAAACAAAAAUCCUUCGGAGCCUCAGAAUCAAAUACCAAGUGGAGAUCAAGAACAACGUCUACAACAGCAGAAAAGUGAAGAUGAAAGCUCCCAAGAAUCUAAGAACGAUGAAGGUCAAAUACAAGAAAAACAGAAAGAAGACACUGAAAAAAAAGAAGAAAACCACGAGGUUCCACAGAAACAACAAACACAGCAAGAAUUUCAAGAUGAGACUAAUGAGGUACCCAAAGAAUCCCACGAAGUAGACGAGAAUCAAGAAUCUGAACAAAACAAAGGUGAAACUCAAGAAGUCCAACUACAAGAAGAGAACAGCUCCAUCCAAGAAGCCAAAGAGGAGAAGACAGAAAGUAAGUCCGUAGAUUUAAAUGCAGGUGAGGCAUUUCCAGGUGGGGGGAACACAGGGAUUCCAAAAGAGUCGAAGGAGUCAAAGAAGUCGUGGUCGACUCAAGCAGCUCAAUCUGAGAACGAAAAAGAAAGACGCAAGGACGAAUCUAACGUCAUUGGGAGCAUCUACGGCUACACGUGGCAUCUGUGUAACGUCACGGCUGGUACUGAUUACAUACCUUGUUUGGACAACGAGAAAGCAUUGAAAAAAUUACGCACGACCAAACACUUCGAGCACCGAGAAAGGCAUUGCCCUGAGGAGGGACCUAUGUGUCUGGUCCCACCACCAGAGUGGUACAAAACGCCCAUCAUGUGGCCCAAAAGCAGAGACAAGAUAUGGUAUCACAAUGUGCCACAUGCGAAGCUCGCAGAGGUGAAGGGACACCAAAACUGGGUGAAGGUGACGGGUGAGUUCUUGACAUUCCCUGGUGGAGGGACCCAAUUCAUACAUGGCGCGCUCCACUACAUUGAUUUUCUUCAACAGUCGAUACCUAACAUUGCAUGGGGGAAGCACACUCGAGUGGUUUUGGAUGUUGGCUGCGGGGUUGCUAGCUUUGGCGGUUAUCUUUUUGAAAGAGAUGUUCUUACCAUGUCUUUUGCACCCAAAGAUGAACACGAGGCUCAAGUUCAGUUUGCCCUGGAAAGGGGAAUACCUGCAAUAUCUGCUGUCAUGGGUUCCCAGCGGCUUCCGUUCCCAAGCAGGGUCUUUGAUCUUGUGCAUUGUGCACGCUGCAGAGUGCCUUGGCAUGCAGAAGGUGGCAUGCUUCUUUUGGAGUUGAACCGAGUUCUAAGGCCAGGAGGUUAUUUCGUCUGGUCGGCUACGCCCGUGUACCAGAAGCUCAAAGAAGAUGUGGAAAUCUGGAAAGAAAUGUCUUCACUUACGAACUCCAUGUGUUGGGAGCUUGUCACCAUCAAGAAGGAUAAACUUAAUUCAAUUAGUGCUGCAAUCUAUCGCAAACCAAGCUCAAAUAAUUGCUAUGACCAAAGAAAGCAGAAACGUCCACCAAUGUGCAAAAAUGAUGAUGAUCCAAAUGCUGCCUGGCAUGUGCCUCUGCAGUCAUGCAUGCAUCGAGUGCCUGUUGACGAGGCUGAGAGAGGAACCCAAUGGCCAGAGGCUUGGCCUCGUCGAUUGCAAACACCUCCUUACUGGUUAAAUAGCUCCCAAAUGGGUAUAUAUGGGAAACCAGCCCCGCAAGACUUUGCAGCAGACCAUGAACACUGGAAACAAGUGGUGAGCAAGUCAUAUGUGACUAGUUUGGGUAUCACUUGGUCCAAUGUGAGAAAUGUCAUGGACAUGAGAGCUGUCUAUGGAGGGUUUGCUGCUGCUCUGAAGGACCUUCGAGUAUGGGUGUUGAACGUGGUGAACAUAGACUCGCCAGAUACGCUUCCCAUAAUCUAUGAACGAGGCCUUUUUGGGAUAUACCAUGACUGGUGUGAAUCCUUCAGCACGUACCCACGCACUUAUGACCUACUGCAUGCGGAUCAUCUUUUCUCAAAGCUGAAAAAGAGGUGCAAACUUGCUCCUGUAAUGGUAGAGGUGGAUAGAAUAGUCAGACCUGGAGGCAAGUUGAUUGUUCGUGAUGAGUCGAGCACAAUUGGGGAAGUUGAGAACUUGCUGAAAUCUUUGCACUGGGAGGUUCAUUUAACCUUCUCCAAGAACCAAGAAGGGAUGCUCAGUGCCCAGAAAGGUAAUUGGCGACCGGAUACAUAUGUAGAGCCUUCCUAA